ACAUGGCCUCUGCUAUACUCCAUAAAGACCAGAUACAUGACAAUUCUACGUCACUUUGCAAGAGAUUUCUGACGAGACUAACUAAUCAUAGAUCGUAAAGUUGUAAGGUAGAUAUCUAAACAUGAAGUCAAUCACCGUUUUGGUGCUACUACUGGUGUCCAGUUCGAACCUGGUCAAUUCUCAGACAUUGUCGAUAACUCCUAUUCUUGUGAACGAAGGUGACACCGUAAGAGCUUGUGUCACAUAUACCAGUGCUCCCGGAUCAGUAACUGAAAUCGUGCUGUCUACACUGGAUGGGGGAGCUGGCGGUGCAAUAGGUACUACUACAGGUGGUAGCGACUUCACCUCUCUUGUCGAGACUCUCACCUUUGGCCUAGGCAUGGACCUGGAGCAGUGUAGAGACAUUCAGACUCUUGCUGAUGGGGCUCUGGAAGGGUUUGAAUUUUUCAAUAUAGAAGCUGUUCUGAGCGGAACAACAACUGCUAUAGCUGGGUCCCCCCAGACACCUACUAUUGGAAAUGUUGGUGUUAUAACUGUUGGAUUUGGAGAGACCAGCUAUCAGUUCCCUGAGGAUCAGGGUGGCCAAGUCUGCAUCGUGAUCGAAGGAGAUGGUUCCAUUGAAGGAACUCUUACAGAAACACUCACAAUCACUCUUACUGACGGAACAGCCACAGAUGUUGAGGAUUUUGACUCUUCUCUACUGUCAGCUUUUAACAUUGUUCUUGACCAGAACACUCCCGCAAGUGGCACGUGCUUUUCCCUGCCUAUCACUGUAGAUCAGAGUGUGGAACCAGAUGAAACGUUUCAAAUUACCAUCAACAGUAACAAUGACGGACAAUCUCAGCUUAGUUCUACCAACAGUCAAGCGGUAGUUACAAUCACUAAUGAUGACGCUGUCUGUGGCGAUCCUCCUGCGUUAACUGAAGGGAGUUUCUCGCUCAGUACUGCUGGGGAGGUGCCCUCAAGACGUGGGGAUACUGCCAUGUACAAUUGCAGUAUAGGUUACGAGCUGAUGGGAGAUAGUCUACUAACCUGCCAGCUAGGAGAUGUGUGGUCCCCAGCAAGCCCAGGCACCUGUCAAGGACUUGACUGUGAAGCACUCAGUGAUCCGGCCAAUGGAGAGGUUGACACCGCUAGUGCUGGCACUGUCUUCCCUUCAGGAAUAGCAACCUACAGCUGUGAAGAUGGCUACAUACUUACUGGAAGUGUUACUAGAAUGUGUCAAAACGAUGGAACCUGGUCUGGAGAGGCACCUACUUGUGAACUAAGGGACUGUGGUGGCUUGUCCAUUGCCAAUGGAUCUGUGGAAGCCCCACAGACAACGUUCAUGGCCACGGCUACCUACUCAUGCAUCACUGGUUACGGUCUGGUAGGAGAGAGCACACGUACUUGUCAGGCCGAUGGAACCUGGUCAGGAUCAGAGCCAACAUGCGUGCAAUCAAGGGACUGUGGUGGCUUGUCAAUUGCCGAUGGAUCUGUGGAAGCCCCGCAGACAACUGUCAUGGCCACGGCUACCUACUCAUGCAACUCUGGUUACGGUCUGGUAGGAGAGAGCACACGUACUUGUCAGGCCGAUGGAACCUGGUCAGGAUCAGAGCCAACAUGCACGCAAUUUACAUGCCAAGAACUUGAAUUGCCUGACAAUGGCAACGUGAGCCCUAGGGAAGGGUUUGAAGGAGACAUGGCAACCUACACCUGUGCACCAGGGUAUAGGCUGCUCGGAACUGCCGCAAGGACUUGUCAAGAAAGUGGUAGUUGGAGUGAACUCGCCCCCAUUUGUCAAGUGAUUCAAGUGAUGCCACCAGGCGGUCUAUCUCAGGAGCAAACAGUGGGAGUUGGAGUCGGAGUGGGCGUGGCAGGUGCUAUCAUCCUUGUUCUAGUCAUAGUUGCCGUGAUAAUACUGGUGGUGUACAUGAGACGCAAGAGAGCUGACAAAUAUGUCCUAAACUACAGCACUGUCUAUGGUAACCAACGCAAGAACGAAAUGUCUAGCCGCCCUGUAGAGCCAACUGAGGAGAAUGUGUACCAAGAGAGGAGUGUCAACUCCCCCCCGCAGUACGCAGAGGCAGAGGAUACUCUGGCAAAGGAACAGUCAUAAAAAUUGUACAUUCAAAAUUUAUGUAGUGUCUGAACUCAAAAACUGUAGUUUGUUUGUGUCCCAUUUUUCAAUUUCACAUCUUCUGUCAUUUGCAAUUUUUAUCUAUAUUUCUCAGUCUGUGUUCACAUUUAAUUAAUUUUUUGAAAGUAGUAGUUAGCUAUAAAAUUGUCUUCUUACACUGCGUGUAAUGAUACACUGAUAAUCAA